UAAGAAUAAUCAAUUUGUCGUGGAUAGAUCUAUACUUCGAUCCUCAUUUGAACAAUUUUAAUCAGAAUUAUAUAGAAUUUAGUACUGUGUAGUUAAUUCAUGUUUUCAAUAAAAUAAUCAUGGCACAAUCCAGGAUAGACUUCAGUGCUUCAUUUACACAGGACUCUGAUGAAGUUCAGGAAAUGUUUUGUGAACAAUGUGAUAAACAUGAAAAGAAAUAUGUUCCUGCUGAAGGAUUUUGUGAGGAAUGUUUUAAGUUCUUGUGUGGGACUUGUUUGAAGUACCAUAAAAUAUACAUGAAAUCCCAUACCAUCAAAGAUAAGGAUAACAUGCCACAGGAUUUCUGUCUAGAGAAGUGUUCUGUUCAUCAAGAUGAAUUGCUCAAGUUCUAUUGUCAAGCUUGCGAGAAAUUUGCCUGUACUGAAUGCAAGACACAAGACCAUUGGAAUUGUAGUAUAAUGGUCGACCAUUUGCCAGCUCUUGUUCCAGGAAUUGAAAACAGCCAAGAAAUCAAAGAACUUAACGAAAAUCUUGAUGAGUUAAUGAAAGAUUUGGACAAUACAGAAAAGCAUGUGAACAUAAACAUGAAAUAUGUUGCUUCACAAGAAACAAAGAUAUUGGAUACAGUCAUGAAAAAAAAGAAAGAAAUAUUGUCAGUGUUUGAAAAGCAUCAAAAAGAUGUAAUUCAAAACUUUGAGAAAAAAGUAGAAGAAACCUUACAAAGACUUGAAGAAGAGAAAAGAGAGAAGAUUGACAAAUUACAAGAACAUCAAAAUAAAUUAGAAAAGUUAUUAAAUGAUGAGGAAAAUGAAAUUCAAAAGAAAAUUGAAAUCAUAAAAAAGAAUGACAAGAAAGUUUUGCAAACAAUCAUUGAAGAAACCUCAAAAAUGAAAACAAAUCUAAACAGCAUAUCAACAGAGCUGGCUUAUCAUCAAGGUACAAAUCAAAGAUGUCAACUGUUUGUUGCUAUGAAGAAGGGGCAAAAAAUCAUUGAUCAAUUGAAACCAGAUGCAGAUAAACAAUGUAAGAACAAUUCAAUUCAUUAUUACAAAGUAGAAUGCAAAGCUUUGGAACAAAAUAUAACCAAUUUACAAGACUGUGAUAAAUUUUUCACCUAUCAAGAAAUACAUGAACCUGAAGUACAAAGCACUGCAAGUUUAGACACAGAUAUUAAAUUCACAUGUUACUCAUUUUCAUCUUUAUGCUUAUUGUCUGAAAACUGUCUCCUGGUAACUAAUUAUAAUGCUAGUAAGCUAAUUAUAUUCAAGGAUUUAUCAGUCAGCACUUCAUCAUAUGAAAGAAUAGACCUGCCUUCCAACUCUCCAGCUGUUGCUAAAGUUGACAAUAACAAAGUUGCUGUUACAUGUCCUAGAUUUGGAAUAGUAAGGCUAAUAACAUUCUCUAAGUGCAUGACAGUGACCAACACUGAAGAUAUAAAAGUAGGAGGAGGUUGUUGUGGUGUUGCCUAUAGUAACAACAAGUUUGUAGUAUCUUACACAACCUUUCCAGCAACAGUAAAGAUACUUGACAUGUCUGGUAAAGUACUGAAAACAUUUGAUAAAGAUCAACAUGGGAAGCAUCUGUUUAAUGAUCCUUGUUUCGUCACAGUCAGUGCAGACAACACAGUUAUAUAUGUAUCUGACACCGAGAAUAACUGUGUGAUAGGUUUAAACUUGGAUGGGAAAGUCAAGGCCAUUUACAAGGAUGACCAGUUGAAAAGGCCACAUCAACUGACAGCAGAUAAGUCUGGGGCAGUGUUUGUGUGUGGACAUUUGUCACACAAUAUACAUCAGUUAUCAUCUGACCUAACCAAAGUGAAGAUUCUAGUGGGUGUAACAAGUCCCGCAGGUGUGGCAUACUGCAAGACUAAAAACAGGUUGUUUGCGAGUCAAUAUGCUGAUAACAUUAAAGUGUAUGAUUUUUCAAUGAAAUAAACUAUUCUAUUUCUUCCACUUCUUGAAACUUAAACUAAAAAUGCUUUAGGCCUCUAGCCAAUUACAUGACAAAUAGUGCAACACAUAGAAUUAACAUAAUUGGUUCAUUAUUUAUAAAGUACCUAAAAUUCCUAAAAAUC